UCUGAGCGGAAAGCACGUUAUGCUCUUCCCGAAAAUAACGCGAUCGCGGAACUGGCAGUAAUUAUGAAAACUGUACAGGCGUUGCGGUGAUGCCAUAAAGUGCGCGAGUGAACUUUUCGCACGUGAUUAAUGACGUUUUAAAUUGAAGUGUCUUAAAUUAGAAUUUUGUCACGUUUGAUAAUGUAAGAUUGGUAGGAUUUAAAUAUGGAACUUUAGUUUUAGGCUCAAUAGUUCGAAAUUCAAAUAAUUUAAAUUGCGUUCGAAAUAUGAAACUUCGUAAAAUGAAUAGUCUAACUAAUGUGAAGUGAGCUAGUGAUGGUGAGAGACACAGCAUGACCACAUGGAUGGCGCUGUUCGGGCUUGUGUGGCUGCUACGUGUGCGCGGCUCCCUUUGCGGAUGUUCCGCGUGCAAACGGGCCAGGCUCGAUCUACCGGAAGAAAGCCCACGCGCCAGCCCUGAAGACCGUGCGCCUUUUGAUGUCAUCGCCCUACAGCACUACACUCGUGACGUCACCGUUCAAACGGAUUUUGAGGACGAUGAAAUCGAGGACCUCGAUAAGAUCGAGUUACAAAUUAUGGAAGAAUCGAAUGCGAGCAACUUUGAGGGCGGUCGUGAACAAACGCAGAGCCCAGAAGGCGGACACCACGUCACAGGAAACAGUCAGUUUUCACCAGACUCAGACGAUAUUUGGGAGACUAUCGAGGUGACAUUGGAGCGUGGGGUGUCAGGACUCGGUCUUAGUAUAGCAAGUGGUGAGACAGAGGGCGAUGUCAGCAUAACACGUAUCGCACCCGUGGGGGCUGCAAAGAACGAUGGACGUUUGCAAAUUGGAGACAUCUUAUUGCAGGUCAACGAUGUCUCUGUCGAGAAUGCACCACACUCGGUGGCGGUAGACGUUUUACAAAAUGCAGGAAACAUUGUGAGACUAAGAGUUCGUAGAGCUCGGCGGCCAAGGGUGGUGACGCUGUGCAGAGGCGUUCGCGGUUUGGGUCUGGGCAUAGCUGGCGGAGCGGACGAUGCCGCGGGUGGCGGUGGCGUUUUUAUAUCGCACAUCGCUGCAGGUGGCGCUGCGCAUCACGACGGCAGACUGAAACUCGGAGAUAAAAUACUGGCUGUCAGGGAUGAGGAUGGUAUAGAAACAUCUUUAAUUGGAGCGACCCACGCAAAAGCAGUAGCAGCUUUAAGGAGAACGGGUGAACAUGUGACCCUAGUGGUUUUACCCGCUACAAUACCACCGGUGGUGAGAUCCGCUCCGCUUUAUUCAACACGAACACAAGCGACCUCAUGUUCCACGCUUCACGAGCUAUCUGAAGAGGAUCCGAAUAAAAUACCAAGAUGUGUGCGAAUGGUACGGCUUGUUCGUACUGGAUCUCGUUUAGGAAUGGAUAUAGUAGGUGGUUUAGGUGAUGCUGAACGGGGCAGCGAUGAUGACGCUUGUGGGGUCUUUGUAUCUGGAGUGGCUAUAGGAGGAGCUGCCCAUGGAAUGUUGCACAAGGGAGACAGGAUAUUGAGCGUUGAUGGACGGGAUCUAACACGCGCAACACAUGAACAGGCUGCUGCAGCUUUAAAGUACUCGGGUGGUGCUGUAACCGUAGCAGCUCAGUACCAGCCUGAGCAAUAUGAGAAGCUGCGGGCACGCAUCCGAGCAAUCAACGCUUCUGUAUCGCCGCACGCACACCGCGUUCAUGUUCCUGUACAACCUGACUUGCAUACUAUUUACCCUAGGUAACAAAAGACUGUCUUUGGAAUGGAAAAGGAUUAAUGACUGAAGACAAUUAACUCUUAAGAGGUUGGGAUUAUGAGACAUUAUGAUGUUUGAUAUUUCUGUAUUUUUAUGUGUAGUUUUCUUAACGUUCGUUUUUGCUAACUAGCUGAUACACCAAUGUCAAUCAAGUGACUCUUCUGUUAUUUUGAAACUUUCCAAAAUUUAUAACCGAAUGUAAAAAAAAUCUACAUCGCUAUAUUGUGUUAACAUGAUUGGCAUAGUUUUGUACAAUAAGACUCUGGGAAAUAAUAGCAAACAAUAACACGAAUCACAAGACAAAUGUAUAUUCUCUUGAAAUCAACUUAAACGACUUCCCACACGUCGUCCCACAAAGCUACAAAUCUCGUAGCAUUACGAUUCCCGCAGUUUUUUUAAAUAUAUAUUACAACAUAUAUGUACUGAGUUUCGUUUAAAGAACUUACUGUCACUUUAACAAGACGCUUUCCAUUCGCAUAGCGUUAAUGACGUGUGAUUAAAAUAACUUAUGAGGGUUUAGUCAUUUAAAAAUCAAUUCUGAAUACAUUGAAGAUGGCCGGCCCGCUUGCAUACGUUACAAAGUUUAACAAAGCUGUACCAUAUCUGUUUACAUUUGUGAACCUUUUCUGCGGUUCCCUUUGAUAUGAAAAUUAGAUUAAAUGAUAACAUUUAUAUAACGCGCUGUUUGGAAUGAUUAUUUUAUUAUAACUAUUUACAUUUCAUCACACCAACCUCAUUGUAAUAAUUUAGAAGAUCUGUAUAAGUGCGUUUAGUGUAACGAACAAU